AUGGCGUCUGCUCGCUGGGCCGGCCCCCUCUGCAUUCUGCUCUCAGGCUUGGCUGUCUUGGGAUUCCCGAGGAGCCCAGUCCGGUUGCUGGAGAAACGGAGCCUCCCAGCAGUGGUGAAUGGUAUUGAGAUCUACAGCACCAAAAUCAACUGCAAGGUGACCUCCCGCUUCGCCCACAAUGUCGUCACCACCAGAGCCGUCAACCGUGCAGACACGGCCAAGGAGGUGUCCUUUGACGUGGAGCUGCCCAAGACGGCCUUUAUCACAAACUUCACCUUGACCAUCAACGGCGUGACUUACCCUGGCCAAGUCAAGGAGAAGGAGGUUGCUAAGAAGCAGUAUGAGAAGGCUGUGUCCCAGGGCAAGACUGCCGGCUUGGUCAAGGCCUCUGGGAGGAAGUUGGAGAAGUUCACCGUCUCAGUCAACGUGGCUGCGGGCAGCAAGGUCACCUUUGAGCUCACCUACGAGGAGCUGCUGAAGCGGCACAAGGGCAAGUACGAGAUGUACAUCAAGGUGAAGCCCAAGCAGCUCGUCAGGCACUUUGAGAUCGAUGCACACAUCUUUGAGCCCCAGGGCAUCAGCGUGCUGGAUGCUGAAGCCUCGUUCAUCACCAAUGACCUCCUGGGCAGCGCCCUCACCAAGUCCUUCUCCGGGAAAAAGGGCCACGUGUCCUUCAAGCCCAGCUUAGACCAGCAGCGCACGUGCCCCACCUGUAACGACUCCCUCCUUGAUGGGGACUUUACCAUCACCUACGACGUGAACAGAGAGUCUCCAGCCAACAUACAGAUAGUCAACGGCUACUUUGUACACUUCUUUGCACCGCAAGGCCUCCCAGUGGUGCCCAAGAACAUAGCCUUCGUGAUUGAUGUCAGCGGCUCCAUGGCCGGGCGGAAACUAGAGCAGACAAAGGAUGCCCUUCUCAAAAUCCUUGAUGACAUGAGAGGGGAGGACUACCUGAACUUCAUCCUGUUCAGCGGUGGUGUGACUACUUGGAAAGACCACUUGGUCCAAGCCACACCCGAGAACCUCCAGGAGGCCAGGAAGUUCGUGAAGAGCAUCCAGGAUCAAGGCAUGACCAACAUCAAUGACGGGCUGCUGCGAGGUAUCAGCAUGCUGAACACAGCAUGGGAGGAGCACCAGGUUCCCGAGCGGAGCACCUCCAUCGUCAUCAUGCUCACCGAUGGGGAUGCCAACACCGGUGAGAGCAGACCUGAAAAAAUCCAAGAGAAUGUGAGGAAUGCCAUUGGAGGCAGGUUUCCCCUGUACAAUCUGGGCUUUGGCCACAAUCUGAAUUACAACUUCCUGGAGAAUAUGGCCUUGGAGAACAACGGGCUGGCCCGGCGCAUUUAUGAGGACUCGGAUGCCAAUCUGCAGCUGCAGGGCUUCUAUGAAGAGGUGGCUAACCCACUGCUGACGAGUGUGGAGGUGGCAUACCCCAACAAUGCCAUCCUGGACCUCACCCAGAACAGCUACAAGCACUUCUACGAUGGCUCUGAGAUCGUGGUGGCUGGACGCCUGGCCGAUGAGGACAUGAACAGCUUUAAGGCGGAUGUGAAGGGGCAUGGGGCUUUGAACGACCUGACCUUCACGGAGGAGGUGGACUUGAAGGAGACAGAGGAGGCGCUGAAGGAGCGAGAGUACAUUUUUGGGAACUUCAUUGAGCGGCUCUGGGCUUACCUCACCAUCGAACAGCUACUGGAAAAACGCAAGAACGCCCGUGGUGAGGAGAAGGACAAUCUCACUGCGCAGGCCCUGAACAUGUCCCUCAAGUACCACUUUGUGACCCCGCUGACCUCCAUGGUGGUGACCAAGCCUGAGGAUAACGAGGAGCAGACGGCCAUCGCUGACAAGCCCGAGGAAGCCACUGCUAUGAAGCCCGCCUUGGCCUUCUUGAACAGCUACCAGCCGCCUCAAAAACCCUACUACUACGUGGACGGAGACCCCCACUUCAUCAUCCAAGUCCCUGAGAAAGAUGAUGCCAUCUGCUUCAACAUUGACGAAGAGCCAGGCACAGUGCUACGUCUCAUCCAGGACCCUGUCACAGGCCUCACGGUUAAUGGGCAGAUCAUUGGUGACAAGCAAACCAGCCAGGACUCCAGCCCUGGAAAGACUUACUUCGGAAAGCUAGGCAUUGCCAGCACUCACCUGGACCUCCGCAUUGAGGUGACCACGGAAAAGAUCAGCCUGUGGAACGAGGUUGGGCGUAGCACCUUCAGCUGGCGCGACACGGUCACGGUCACACAAGCUGGGCUGUCUAUGACCAUCAACAAGAAGAAGAACAUGGUGGUUUCCUUUGGAGAUGGGGUGACCUUUGUGGUUGUCCUGCACCCAGUGUGGAAGAAGCACCCCCUCCACCAGGACUUCCUGGGUUUCUACGUGGUGGACAGUCACUGGAUGUCAACAUGGACGCAUGGGCUACUGGGACAAUUCUUCCACCCGUUUGACUUCGAGGUGUCCGACAUCCACCCCGGCUCUGACCCCACAAAACCAGACGCCACAAUGGUGGUGAAGAACCACCGGCUGACAGUCACCAGGGGCUCCCAGAAAGACUACAGGAAGGAUGUCAGCAAUGGCACGCAAGUCGCCUGCUGGUUUGUCCACAACAACGGGCAAGGGCUCAUUGAUGGCACCCACACGGACUACAUCAUCUCCAGUCUGUUCUAAGCAGACAUCCAGGCCCCCAGGGAGACGCCUGUCCCAGGGGCUCCAUAGGAAGAACUGGAACAAUAAAGCCUAA